AAGGCCAGUUCCCAGGUAGCCACAAGCGAGACAGAUCCCUCCCCUUGCCUCUUGUCUCUAGAUGCACACGCUCUGAAAUCUCAAACCAUUUUACUUUUACAACCUGCCUCGAUCAUCUCACCCGAGUCCAACAGGCAGCGCUCAGGUAGAGGAACCAAAUAUGAAAUUGCCACUAGGAAUCACACUUGCACUCCUCUUGAUACUUCAACAAGUGUCCACCCAGAUACCUGAUAGCUGGAAUAGAAGUGAGGAGACUACAGACAACAGUGGAGAACAAACAUUUAGUGAGGAAAUAACCCCUCAACCAAGCACGGAAAACAUACAAAGCAAUGAGAAUGCACAAGCCAAUCCAGAGAACAGUUCAGAAGGUGGAGGACAAACAUUUGGCUCAGUUUAUUUCAGUCUAGGAGGAGGGCAGAAUUCCACAAAACUGGAUCAGAGCUUUCGGCAGUCUGUUAGUGAAGAGGAAACUAGUUCUGAGGGUCCCAUUGCUACAACACCUACAAUGAUGGCACUUAAUUCAAGUUCUGAGUUCCCAAAUACAUCAGCAGAAUCCAAUGAAACACUGACACAAGACACAGCCACAACUACUUCCACAGCGGAGCCAGAAUCUGCUCUUAAUGACACAUAUACCACUCCACAACCUGAGACUACCAUAGCAGAGAGCAGCCAUAAUGAAUCAGGUUCAGGAUAUUUUCCCUCAGAUGACUUACCCACCAGCAGCACUAGUGAAAGUUCAACCACCACAACAAAAGAUGAAAGCGUCCAGAACCAAACUACAUUGAGUCCAACCGAACCACCAGUAUACAGAACUACAGCAUUUUCAAUUCCACCUGCCUACCCAGAAGACGUCACGACUGAUGCCCCAGAGGAUACAGAAUUAAACCAGAACAAAUCUAUUGAAGCCAGAGAGAGUUCUGGAAGAGGUUUAUCUUCAGAUGUUUCAGAUGGAACCAAAAGCAAGAAUGGGCAGGCAUGGACCAUCGUCUUAGUCCUUGGGAUUGUAGUGGGGGUCCUGGCCUUGGGAGCAUUUAUCAUCCUGAAUCGAAGGAACCAAAGAGAUUUCUCGCACCGAAAACUGGUGGAAUCGAUGUCUCCUGAUCCAGUUCUCAGACUGGAUAACAGUGAACCACUAGACCUGAAGUUUGAUGGAUUUGGUUACUACAACCCAGGACUACAAGGAGACAACAUCCAGAUGACCAACUUUCCACAGGGACAUUCAAAAUGAGAACAAAUCUGUGAUGCCAAAGACAUUUUAUUUAAUUUUCACCCAUGUGAAGACAAAAAGAUGUAAUUAAGAAAUUAUUGUCAUUUUUAAAGUGAUUAGCCAAAGGCAAUUUUAUAUAACUGAACAAUCAAAACAUU